GUGGAGCCUUCCAGAAGCAGCCGGCAGAUCUGUGCGGCUCGCGGCUCACAACACUCCAAUUUUCCAUCAUUAAAACUCAUAAUUUGUCCGCCCCGAUCUCACCGUCAACAUGUCCACUUUGGGGACACUCGCGUUUGAUGAGUAUGGAAGACCUUUCAUCAUCAUUAAAGACCAGGAUAAGAAGACACGGCUGACGGGCAUUGACGCAUUGAAGUCUCACAUUAUGGCAGCGAAGGCUGUUGCGUCAACACUGAAAACAUCCCUGGGACCAAAUGGUCUUGACAAGAUGAUGGUGGACAGGGACGGAGAGGUUACUGUCACCAAUGAUGGAGCCACCAUUCUUAGCAUGAUGGAUGUUGACCAUCAGAUUGCCAAGCUCAUGGUGGAGCUGUCCAAGUCCCAGGAUGAUGAGAUUGGGGAUGGGACCACUGGAGUUGUGGUGCUGGCCGGAGCUCUGCUUGAGCAGGCUGAGCAGCUGCUGGACCGCGGGAUCCACCCCAUCAGGAUCGCUGACGGUUAUGACCAGGCCGCGCGGAUUGCCAUCGAGCAGCUCGACAAAAUUGCAGAAACCUUUCCCUAUGAUCCCAACAACACAGAACCACUGAUUCAGACGGCCAUGACCACAUUGGGAUCUAAAGUCAUCAACCGGUGCCACAGGCAGAUGGCAGAGAUUGCAGUGAAUGCCAUCCUCACCGUGGCUGACAUGGAGAGGAAGGAUGUCGACUUUGAGCUGAUCAAGAUGGAGGGCAAGGUUGGAGGAAAGCUGGAGGACACACAGCUCAUCAAGGGAGUCAUCGUUGACAAGGAGUUCAGCCACCCUCAGAUGCCCAAGGUUCUGAAAGACGUCAAAAUUGCGAUCUUAACCUGCCCAUUUGAGCCACCUAAGCCCAAGACCAAGCAUAAGUUGGAUGUGACCUCUGUGGAGGACUACAAGGCCCUUCAGAAGUAUGAAAAAGAAAAGUUUGAGGAGAUGAUCCAGCAGGUCAAGAGCAACGGCGCUAAUUUGGCCAUCUGUCAGUGGGGCUUUGAUGAUGAAGCUAACCACCUCCUGCUGCAGAAUGAGCUGCCUGCUGUGCGUUGGGUCGGAGGGCCUGAGAUUGAGUUGAUAGCCAUUGCUACAGGAGGCCGCAUCGUCCCUCGGUUCUGUGAGCUGACACCAGAGAAGCUCGGCACAGCUGGUUUGGUGAAGGAGAUCUCCUUCGGCACCACCAAGGAUCGCAUGUUGGUUAUCCAGGAGUGCAAAAAUACCAGGGCUGUGACCAUCUUCAUCCGCGGCGGCAACAAAAUGAUCAUCGAGGAGGCCAAGCGUGCUCUGCAUGAUGCCCUGUGUGUAAUUCGUAACCUGGUCAGAGACAACCGUGUCGUGUACGGCGGAGGCGCUUCAGAGAUUGCCUGUGCUCUGGCUGUGAACCAAGCUGCAGAUAAGUGCCCAUCACUGGAGCAGUACGCCAUGAGGUCAUUUGCCGACGCCCUGGAGGUCAUCCCAAUGGCACUCGCUGAGAACAGCGGUCUGAAUCCUAUCCAGACCAUGACAGAGGUCAGAGCCAGACAAGUCCGAGAGGUCAACCCCUUCCUUGGCAUUGACUGUUUGCACAACAACACCAACGAUAUGAAGCAGCAGCAUGUGAUCGAGACCCUGAUUGGCAAAAAGCAGCAGAUCCUGCUGGCUACUCAAGUAGUCAAGAUGAUCCUGAAGAUUGACGAUAUCAGGAGCCCUGGAGAGAGCGAAGACUGAAGCCUGAUUUGACCACGUGAAGGUUCAGAUGGGAGAGAUUUGACAGCACUUCCCUGAGCUCAGUGUUCAAACUGCACUGUGUACUGCUAUUUAUCGUUUGAUACAUGAUCUUCGAGCUGUUGUUCUAUCAGUCACCAUUAAAAUGUUGGUCUGUUUCAGUCUCA